AUGAUACGACAACGCAGACAGGCAGCAAUAGCCAGAAGACGGAGUGGCACCAGUGCGACGACUGCUUCGUCGAAUAAUUGGCCUCGUCAGUCCUCAGCAAGCUCGUCAGCCACUGCGACUGGAAGUGCGUCAGAAACAUCGCCGAAUGCAUCGCAUCUGCUGAGCCCAUACCCGUGUUUCGAUCGAGAGCGUUUGCACGGACUGACGCGCAUUCACAGCGAUGACGACAACGAUAAUGGUCAUGAGACG